AUGGAUUCCAAAGAAGUAGCUACUAAGCCACAUGCUCUUUGCAUUCCAGUUCCUGCUCAAAGUCAUAUAAAGGCAAUGCUUAAAUUUGCAAAGCUCCUCCACCACAGAGGUUUUCAUAUAACCUUCGUUAACACAGAAUUUAAUCACAAGCGCUUUCUUAGAUCUCUAGGACCCAAUUCCCUUGAUGGCUUGCCUGAUUUUCAAUUCGAAGCCAUCCCGGAUAGCCUUCCGGAUUCAGAUGAAGAUGCCACACAAGAUGUCACCUUGCUUUGUGAAUCCGUCAGAAAACAAAAUUUAUUGGCUCCCUUUCUUGCCCUCCUUGCAAAACUCAACAAUGAUGCCAUAUCAACAUCCAGCAAUCCUCCUGUGACUUGCAUAGUUUCAGAUGGUUUCAUGUCCACGUUCACAAUCACAGCUGCUGAAAAAAUCGGAGUCCCUAUAGUGCUGUUCUACACUAUAGCUGCCUGCAGCUUCAUGGGAUUUAAACAAAUUCGUGCUUUGGUCGAAAAAGGACUUGCACCACUCAAAGAUGAGAGCUGUUUGACAAAUGGCUUCUUGGACAAGGUAAUAGAUUGGAUUCCAGGAAUGAAAGGUAUUCGUUUGAGGGAUCUGCCGGCAAAUUUUCGAACUACAGAUCCCAAUGACUUCGUGUUUAACUUGUCCUUGGAAUCAAUUGAAAGAGUUCAUAAAGCUUCAGCAGUUGUGCUUCAUACUUUUGACGCAUUGGAGCCAGAUGUUUUGAAUGCUUUGUCAUCUAUGCUUCCACUUGUUUAUGCCAUUGGGCCUGACCAAUUACUUCUCAAUCAAUUACCAGAAGACCCUUUGAAGCAUAUUAGAUACAGUUUAUGGAAAGAAGAAACUGAAUGCCUUGAAUGGCUAAAAUCCAAGGCACCAAAUUCAGUUGUGUAUGUGAAUUUCGGCAGCAUAGCAGUACUGACACCACAACAACUUGUUGAGUUUGGAUGGGGACUUGCAAAUAGUAAGCUUCCUUUCUUUUGGGUGAUUAGGCCUGAUUUGGUUGUUGGUGAAUCAGCAAUUUUGCCACCUGAGUUUGUAGCUGAAACAAAGGAAAGAGGUCUAAUAGCAAGUUGGUGCCCACAAGAGCAAGUCCUUAACGACCCAUCCGUCGGAGGUUUUUUGACACACGGCGGUUGGAAUUCAAUCAUUGAGAGUUUGUGCGCAGGAGUGCCUAUGCUUUGUUGGCCAUUCUUUGCAGACCAACAAACAAACUGUUACUAUGUUUGCAAUGAUUGGGGAAUUGGGUUGGAGAUCAACAAUGAUGUCAAGAGAGACCAAGUAGAGAAGCUUGUUAAAGAAUUAAUGGAGGGAGAGAAGGGUAAGAAAAUGAAAAAUAAGGUCAUGGAGUGGAAGAAAAUAGCAGAAGAAGCCACCAGUCCACAUGGUUCUUCAUCCACAAACUUAGACAAUUUAGUGAAUCAAGUGCUCUUAAGAAAAACCUAG